CAGCUCCAGUCCGCUCGCCACUUCGAUGUUAAGAGUUUCUCCGCGGUCUCCACUUCACCGCCCACACAAACAUUGGCUUCUCCCCGGUGGUGUAUCUUCUAAAUUCGAAUCGAAUACGCUUCCCAGACCUCGUAAGUGGUGUCUUAAUGAUUUUGACAUUGGAAAAACUCUCGGUAAGGGAGCAUACGGUGCAGUCUAUUUGGCUCGAGAAAAAGAGAGCCGAUACAUAUUAUCCCUUAAAAUCCUGUUUAAGGCUCAAAUAAAGCAUCAAGAGCUUGAAAACCAGCUUCAAAGAGAAAUAGAAAUACAAUCCCAUUUAAUCCAUCCCAAUAUAGUCAAGUUAUUUGGAUACUUCUAUGACGAUAAACGAGUGUAUUUAAUCUUGGAGUACGUUCCUAAAGGUGAACUUUCUAAAGAGCUCCUCAAAUAUCUCUAUUUCAGCGAAUCUCGAGCUGCUACUUACACUUAUCAAUUAGCACAUGCCCUUUCUUACUGCCAUCAGAAUGAGAUAAUUCAUCGAGAUGUUAAGCCGGAUAACAUAAUGAUUGCAGCUAGGGGUCAAAUCAAACUUACUGAUUUUGGUUGUUCUGUCCAUACACCCUCUUCCAAACGUAAAACCUAUUGCGGUACACUAGACUAUUGGCCACCCGAAAUGGCUUCUGACAUGUCCCACAAUGAUAAGGUUGACGUAUGGAGCCUAGGAAUUUUGACUUUUGAAAUGCUCACGGGCAAGACACCGUUUAGCGGAAGAACUGCACUUGAGACUCUACAACGUAUCAAAUCCGCUGACAUCAUAUACCCUGCGAGUUUAUCUCAUUCUUCUCUUGAAUUCAUAAAGCUGCUACUAUCUCGUUCUCCUAGUGACCGAAUUGCUAUGUCGAAUGUUACUCAACAGUCUUGGCUUCAGGAGCACGCAGAAUUAUCACUCGUUCAGUGUUCCGCUGCUCUUAGAGACUGGGAUUCAUUUAAACAUUUGCAACCAUUCCCCAAAGUCAAAAGUGCUUAUGAUGAAAGAGAUAUCUUUCCAGGGGGUACGAAUCAAUGCUAUGGCAACCAUAACGAGGCAGAUGGUGAUUUGGGCUGUAUUUCAUUGGAUCUUACGCUUCGAAGUACUAAUAACCAAAUGAGCCCGUGA